AGGAUUUGGAGGAGGUCAUGGAGGAGGGGGAUCUGUUAAAAUACUUAAAUUGCACGGAGGUGACCCGCUACCAUCCGGAGGUGGAGGAUAUGGUGGAGGUCAUGGAUCUGGAGGAGGCUUUGGCGGUGGUGGAGGAUACGGAGGCGGAGGUGACGAUCAUCACGGCGGAGGUGGUUAUGGCGGAGGUGGCGGAGGUGGAUAUGGUGGAGGCGGAUUUGACAGUCAUCACGGUGGUGGAGGAACCGGAGGAGGAGGCGGCUUUGGAGGAGGCGGAGGAUAUGGAGGGGGAGGAGGUUACGGAGGAGGCGGCGGAGGUGGACAUGGCGGCGGUUGGGACAAGAAGAGAUAAUGAUAACUUAUACAUAUAUUAUUCUUACCAUUUCAGUAUUUAUAUUCUCUUCAACUUCAUCAAUUUUCAAUAUAAAAUAGUGUUCGAUAAAUGUAUGUACUGGAUAUUGAAUCGUCGUUGGAAACCUAGGGUAUCCCAUGUAAAUUUUGAACUAUUCAAAUAUUUGGCCCCCUGUUUCUUUGGUAUGUGUAUUUAACAUGCGCAGUCCUAUAAAAAAAACAUUUAUGGCUUAGUUGUAAAAUUAACAGUGGACCCAAUAUAUGAACAGUUUAAGAUAAUUUUCAUGGGAUUUCCUAUGUUUCCAAUGCCGAUGCACCACCCGGUAUAUACAUAAUGUAUAUGUUAUUAAAAAUUACUUUUGGAUUUACUGAUGAAACCUGAUACUAUCUAUGCUACUGAUCAAUGCUACUUUAUUAAUACUAUUAUCUCUUCGUGCUUGACUGUUUAUAAUUUCAUAUUGUCGAUAUAUAAGAUUUGUGUACAUAAAUAUUAGAUAUAUGAUAGUGAUUUAUUGUUAACAGCUAAUUGUAAAUAUUGUUAUUGUUAUACAAAAAUAAAAUGAAAGAAACAAUUAUAA